AUGGCAUAUUUUUCUGACUUUGCUAAGAAAUGUGAUCUAGACGGAUGCAGGAAUCAUGAUUUUCUUCCAUUCAAGUGUGAAUACUGUGGUUUAAGUUUUUGUGAGUUGCACAGAAAAAUUCAGGAGCACGCUUGCGCGAAUUUAAAAAAUGCAGAUUUAAAAAAAGUUGUUUUAUGCAAAUAUUGCAAUGGUGUUCUUCCAGAUAAAAUGGAGGAAAUAGAAAAACACUUAAUUUACAAGUGCACCUUUAAGAAAAAGAAAAACUCAAUAAUGAUAUGCUACAAGAAAGACUGCAAAACGGUUUUGAAUGGUAUCAAUAAUUAUACCUGUAAGAAAUGUAAAAAGAAUUUCUGUUUGCCUCAUCGUUAUUCUGAUGCACACGGGUGUGUUAAGGAGAAUUCUGAGAAAAGCUUUUUCAAAAAUGUGCAGAUGUGCAGAUGUGCAGAUGUGCCUGUACACAGUUCUGCACAAUGCUGCACAAGGAGGAGGGGGUGGGUGGUGGACUUACGUCAUGAAGGUAUAAUUGGAAAAUAUGGGUUUCCUGUACUUUCCACCAAAGGUAAAAAUAAAAGCACUAUUGACAAUUUGGAAACAAAACCAGAUGCAGGUCAGAAAACUCUCGUAAUUAUCACUCAUAAGCCACCAAGAGGAUUUUGGGGCUGCGGUAUUCAUUUCGUAAGAUGA